AUGAAUUUAUUCUGUAUUAUCCUAUUAAUUUUGGCAUGUAUGCCAAGAGUUUGCAUUUACGGCAAAAGAUAUUUAUUUUAUGAUGUGUUUUAUGGAGAAGGUUUCAAUUUGAAACGUGAUGUUUAUAUUCGGAUUGCCAAUACAGUACGUCUUUUAAGAGACCCAAGCCAAAUACCAAAUUUUGCUCUACACGACAUAAACGUAAAAAAUUUAACUGGUGAAGAUUGGAUUCUAGUUUUACCACCUUGGGGUCCACUUCCUCAUUGGUUCAAUGACAGAUCAUAUGAAAGAUAUACAAAUCAUAGUUAUUUUAAUAAUUGGUCAGGCAUUCCAUGGUCAAUGUUUUUUGAUUUAAACAGUCUCUCAUUAUUUAUACCAGUUAUGGAUUUAAUUGAAUUUCAACGCAGUAACGUAUUGGAUUCACAACAAUCAUUAUUAAACAGGUCAUCCAAUCAUCCGUUGACAAUCGAUUUAGCUCUUCAGUUAGUUCGUGCAGAUUUUAAUGAAAAAUUGGGGCAAUAUUCAAAUGUUAAUAAUCGUAAAGUAGAUUUUUGUCCAUUCGAAUUACGCGAAUUAUAUCGAUUAAAUGACUCAACAUUGUCAUCAUCAUCAUCAUCAUUCAGUCGACCAAUAGAAUUAUUUGAAGGAAGUAGUUUUAAUUUACAAAAUGGUAUAUUACCAAUGAAAGCAUCUACAUAUGAUUGUAUCACUGGAGAUUUAGAACCUGUUCAUUUAGCACCAUUCUUAAUUCAAUUAAUUAAAAAUUCUGAAAAGCCUAUUACGACUUUAUACUUAGACUCAGCUCAGUCGAUUAUACACGGUCAUUGGAGUGAAUGGAGUCAAGAAUAUUGGACUGUACGUCGAAGCAUUACAAUAGCAAAACAUUUACGUGAUAUUGGUGAUAAUUACCGUGGAGCUUAUUUACAUUCUAAUGAUAUUUCAGAUCGUACAGUAUCACCGUCAAUAGUUGAACAUCUUGGUCCAGGUUCCAGUUGGCUACGUCCACAAUGGCCACUUUCACCAGCUCUAGGUGGACCAUAUGUAGCGGUUCAUUGGCGUCGUGGAGACUUUGUUACUACAAGUACUAACGCUACAACAACAACAACUGUUACUACUACUAGUCGAUCUCCUAAUAAUGUUUUAGCAGCCCAACAAAUUCUAAAUGCUCUCAAGAUAUUUAAUCAGUAUCAAGAUCAUUACAUCGAUACAAUUUAUCUAGCCACCGAUGCUAAUAAAGAAGAACUAGAAAAUCUGAAAAGUUUACUUUAUCCCCUUCAAGUAUUUCAUUUUGAGCCAACUGAAUCCGAGUGGAUAUCUUAUGGCCCAGGUGGUUCAGCAAUUAUAGAUCAAUGGAUUUGUGCACAUGCUAGGUUAUCUUUGUAAACUGAUAGAACACGUAGUAGUUCAUAAUGAGUAUUAUAUAAUUGAAAUCUAAUCACAAUAUUGGUUAAUCACUUGUUGUCAAUCAAAUUGUGAAACUAUAGAUCACAUUAUUAUAUCAUUUUAAACACUCAUAUGUAUAUAUUUGUGUACCCAAAUGAAGCUGACGAUACUGUUUAUUGUUAUACAGUUGAUAAGAGGC